UCAGAGUACGAAUACAAUGAACAGUUCGGUAGAUGUUACAAGUUCCACCUGAAUCCAUUGAACUGGACUGAUGCUUACGCUGUGUGCAGCGCUGAGCAGUCGUAUCUCGCUGUUAUCAACACGCAGGAAGAGGCUAAUUAUCUCGUGGCCCUGACAGAAUCGAAGCCUAAGGACAGGGUACCAGGAAACUUCAUGAGAGGAGCUGUUCAUUUGGGCUUCCAUAACAGAGCCAAUGAGGGUUGGCAAGCUGUUAGAGGUACAGCAUUAGAUGACACUGGAUACACAUGCUGGGGAACAAAUCAGCCUGAUGGCGGUGAUCUGGAGCAAUGUGGUUCCAUGUUCUACAAUGGACUACUAAAUGACAUAAGUUGUGAUACAAGAUCCUUUUUUAUCUGUGAACAUGAGGUAGAUACCCUAAGCUCUUCAUUAGAUGAUCGUUUCGGAGAGACCGUCGUUUGAUCCUAACUAGAUUUUAAACGUAAAUCAUUUUGACUGGUUCUAUUCACAGUACUCUUCGUUUAAGAUUUCAGUCUCAAGUCAAGUCAGUUUUUCCAUUUGAUGCAAUUAUUAUUUACUUGAAUUAGUACUAAAAGUUUAUGUACAGUGAGCAGCAGGUCCACCUGUCAAAUUUCUAUAUUCGAUUUAGAACUCUAUUGUUUAGAUAAAAAGUCGAAAAAUUGAAAAUUUGUAGUAUGUUUAAUGUAUAAUAACUAUCGUGAGACAUACUUAAUUAACUAAAAAUCGU